CCACAAGAAUCUUUCCACCGAUAUUCUCAACCUGAUUCAUUCUAUUUGUUGCCAACAUCGGACCAUCGCGAGCACAAACACUGGUUGUUGUUUACAGUAAGGAGCUUCAACCAGCAACAAGCAAGAAAAUCGAGCAAUCAACUGCCGUAUCUCACCAGUGGCUCAGAAGAAGGCCCUGUGCCCACCCGAAAUUUGUCCAACAACCCUCCGUGCCCGGCCCGGGAAUCCGUGCAAGAACCCCCCACAGGAGAGUUGAAGAAAAAUAGAAAUUCGGCAGGGGAAGGGGAAGAAAGAAAAAAAAAAAGCAAAGACUACAGGAGAGAAGCGUUAAAAGCACUCAAUCGGUCAUUUAGUACUCGGUCAGUACCACGGACACCGACAGCACAGGCAGAAAGGGUACGGUAGACAAUUGUUGCCCCAAUAAAUCGCCCACUCAAUCCCCUCCUGCUUACUUCCUAUCAACUUCUCUGCAGGAAGAUACGGGGAGAGAGAUCACUUUUUGGGUACUGUAGCUUUUAUUUUCGACUACCCCACAGCAAAGUUAGUCAGUCAACCUUCUGGUCUCUGCCAUUCUAUUCUCCUGCAACCGGCAAGAAAUAGUUGCAGUGGCACCCACUUUUCCUCAAUCAGCCCCUUCUUCACACACACACACCAUCACCCCACACCCCCUGGAUUUGGGGCGUGCGAUCUUCUCUCCCACAUUUGUCUCAAACCCCUCUGCCUCUGGCACACUUGACGCACGCGAUCUGCCGCUAGCCAUCGUGAUCUGUCCGUCAAAAGGCCCUCCUUCGCCGUCCCAUCUUGAUCCUGAACGGCCAUCUUGAACACCCCAUCUCUGCUAUCUCUUAGCUAUCUUCUCAUUCAUCUACCUAUCCGUUCACAGCAACUCCCCCCCCCCAAUAAUACAUUCACCCAUCCCAUUAGCACCUACUCCAUCUCUUCCCCCUUCGUCCCCAUCCUAUCCCUAACUACCGUACUCUCUCCGCCAAAAUAUCUUUCAAGCUGCCUAAAGCACCCUUCCCUCUAUACACUUUAAUACCAAUGAAUACCCAUCUCCCGAGAGCAGGGCCCCAGUCCCUUCACCGCUCCAUUCCGCCCAGUAUAUCGUUACAACGCCCAUCUCGAUCACGAUUUCGCCAUGGCCGCUCAAGAGAGAAGGGAACACCAGGUUUCUUAACCCAGACGGUUGCUGAUAUCCGUCGGAAAUUUCUGGAGCUAGAGCUAUUGCAGAGCGAGCGGCUGCGCGAUAACGAAGACACUCAAUGGAAAAUUGAUGAUAGCAAUGAAGUCAGGAUACGAAAUAGGUACUGCAAUAUUGCGCCCUGGGACAGUAACCGAGUAAGACUACGCGUGCCUACCGAGCACUGUGAUUAUAUCAAUGCCUCGCCAAUCGUUUUGAAGGGUCGGAACGGGUCAAUAAAGCGGUAUAUCGCUACACAGGGACCGAAGGAAGGACAAUUCAACCACAUAUGGCGAAUGGUCUGGCAAGAGACUUCCGAUGUCGCUGUAAUAGUCAUGCUCACGAAGACUUUCGAACUGGGGCGGGAUAAAUGCUUCCAGUACUUUCCUGAAAAGCUUGAUGAUAAGCCUUGGACUGUUGAUGGUGAUGAGGAGUUUGGAGACGGUUUCAAGGCGACGAUAAGCCUUUUGGAGAAGACUAAGGAUAAGCGAAGUUCAUGCACUGUGCGAAAAAUUUCGUUAAAGGUUGGUGAGAAGGAGAAGAUUGUGUGGCAUCUGUUGUUUAAAGGAUGGCCGGACUUCAAUGUUCCCGAGGGAGACAAUCGAAGCGCGUUGUUGGAGGCAAUCAAGUUGGCCAAUGAGAAGAACAGUGGUCCUCAGAACCCACUGAUUGUCCAUUGCAGCGCCGGAGUUGGCCGAUCAGGAACGUUCAUCACCCUAGACCAUUUCCUUCGUGAAAUCGAUGCGGGCACUAUUUCCGCUGACGAGCGUGAAGAUCCGGUUUUUGAGGUGGUGAAUCGGCUUCGUGAACAAAGAAUGUACAUGGUGCAGAGCCAGGUCCAGUAUGAAUUCUUAUACCAAGUAUUGAAGGAGAGGUUCCAACGAAGAGCAAAGUCGGCCUCUCCGCCAACAGUUCCGUUAGAUGACCCGGCGGAGACGGAUUCAGAGUUCGAGAAUGGCCAAGGCGGGGUGCGGUUGCAUUAACUCUGCUGGCGACUCCUGUUUGAGUGUGUAGUGUGGAUACACCAACCUCUAUUUUCUCUUUUUUUUCUUUUUUUCUUGACUAUUUCACGCUUGGCGUUUGUUCUGUACCACUUUUAUUAAUAUCCUUUGGAUUGCGCCAACUCACGGUUUACUGUUGUUGUUUUUUUCAUUUUUUCAUUUAUUUUAUUUCUUUCCGUAGUUGCGGUAGGGAAAUGGAGGAUAAAGAUAAAGGCACAGGAGUUUUUUGUUUUUGUUUAAAGUUUCUCCUUUUGUAUUAUUCACUCAAAGCUACUCAAGCCCUUCGCCCUAUACCUGUU